UGUGGGGGGGGGUUGAUGAACAGGUGCUCAAAGACACAGCUGAUCUGGGAGAGCUCCAUAAACUCAACACGGCAAGCAUGCUGGAUCACGUUGCAGCCACGUCCGUUAGUUGCGAAUGAGGCAGGAGAAAGCAGUGCGAGACCCCUGGCACGCUUCGCACGUUCCAAGUCCCAGAAUGCUCUGUGGAACGCCAUCACAGCAGGCAUCGGGAUCAAGGAUAAGGAUAAGCGGGGUAUCCUGAUUGACCCGAGGAGUCCAGAGGAGAUUCUUGCUGAUGACCUGCCCUCUGUCGACACUCCUGAUGCCAUGGAGAAGACCGCCAUCAGGCUGAGAUGUUUGGUGAAACAAUUGGAAAGAGGCGAGGCUUCUGUCGUCGACCUAAAGAAGAAUCUUGAAUAUGCUGCAUCCGUUUUAGAAUCUGUCUACAUAGAAGAGACGAGGCGUUUGGUGGACACAGAAGAUGAGCUGAGUGACAUCCAGUCUGACUCCGUUCCCUCAGAAGUGCGCGACUGGCUGGCGUCUACGUUCACGCGACAGAUGGGGCUGAUGCUGAGGCGGUCGGAGGAGAAGCCGCGAUUUCGCAGCAUCGUGCACGCGGUGCAGGCUGGGAUAUUUGUGGAAAGGAUGUACCGACGGACCUCCAACAUGGUGGGUUUGAGCUAUCCGCCCAGCGUGAUCACAGCCUUGAAGCAUGUGGACACGUGGUCGUUUGAUGUCUUCACACUGAAUGAUGCCAGCGGAGAUCAUUCACUGAAAUUUAUUUUUUAUGAACUUCUCACCAGAUAUGACUUAAUCAAUCGCUUUAAGAUACCUGUUUCUUCUCUGGUGUCUUUUGUGGAGGCUUUGGAGGUGGGCUACACCAAAUUUAGGAACCCCUACCACAACCUAAUCCAUGCCGCAGACGUCACCCAGACAGUUCAUUAUCUUCUGCUUAAGACCGGCAUGGUGCACUGGUUGACCGAGUUAGAGAUCUUCGCCAUGCUGUUUGCCGCAGUCGUGCACGAUUACGAACACACGGGCACCACCAACAACUUCCACAUUCAGACCAAGUCAGACUCCGCCAUACUGUACAACGACCGGGCCGUUCAGGAGAACCACCACGUGAGCGCUGCGUAUCGUCUCAUGCAAGAUGACGACGAAAUGAACAUCCUCAACAAUUUGUCCAAGGACGAUUGGAGAGAAUUCCGCACCCUGGUGGUCGAGAUGGUCCUGGCCACGGACAUGUCCUGCCACUUCCAGCAGAUCAAAGCCAUGAAGAACUUCCUCCAGCAGCCAGAAGCGAUCGACAAACCCAAGGCCUUAUCACUGCUGCUGCACACGGCCGACAUCAGCCACCCUGCCAAAAUCUGGAACAUGCAUCACCGCUGGACCACCUCACUGUUGGAGGAGUUCUUCAGACAGGGCGAUAAGGAGUCAGAACUCGGACUUCCUUUCUCCCCCCUGUGUGACCGCAAAUCCACCAUGGUGGCGCAGUCUCAGAUUGGCUUCAUCGAUUUCAUUGUUGAGCCGACGUUCACAGUUCUCACAGACAUGAUCGAAAAAAUCGUGGCCCCGCUGGUUGAAGAGUCGUCGCACACCGCCCUUGCUGGACUUAGACGCUCCAGUCUGAAUAACAUCCCAUCAGACAGUAAACGGACCGGAGUGAGAAGCACGGGUUCUGAAGGCGCCAGUUCCACCAACUGCUCUGUAAAUGCCCUCGACUUUAAGUCCUUCAGGAGCACCUGGAAUGAUGAGGUGCACAAAAACAGAGAAACAUGGAAAGCACUGGCUGCUAAAGAUCUAGAAGAACAGGCCAAACAGGAUGAGAUGGAGGAGAAACAGAAGACAAACAAUCCUGCGGAGACGCAGAGCAGUGAUACUUCAGAAAUAGGGAACAACACAAAAACACAGGACAAAGACAAAAACAACACGGACUCAUCGGACAAAUUACAGGACAAGAGGCAAGACAAAAGCACAGAGGAGAAAGAUUCAAAGACUCAAGACAACAACGCUACGUUAGAUGAUGCUGAACCCGCAGAACUGCAGCCCAGAGAACAAGAGGGAAAUAAAGAUCCGGGAGGGGCGAACGAAGCUCCAACGCUAGGAUCUGAUGCCAAAGAGCCCGAUACGAGCAGUGACACGGACAACAGUCAGCGAGCACACAACGGGAAUGAAGACCUGAACUCUCCUCAAAGUGACGACAGUGAAAGCAAGAAAUCAGACGACUCAGAAGAGGAGCACAGUAACCCGAGUUCCCCCUCCACACCGGUCUGCACCUGAUGCAAACUGCUCUGUUCUGCCACCUGGUGGUUACUUUCUUUCAUUAUUCAUCUGUUUUCUUUUUCUGUGAAAAGUUAACGUUUCUGUCUUUCUCUGAGGGACCCUGUUUCUCUUUAAUUCCUGUUUGACUUAGGCUUUCUUCACCUCACUUACUAACCUGGUGUUGGUUGAUAUCUAAGCAAGGACAGAUACUUUGGCUUUCACACAAAUGGACAUGUGCAUCAUAAUAUACUGUGUGCCCAUGUAUGUGGAAGUGAUUUGGAAGCGCCAAACUUUCACCAACAUCAGAUGCAUCUACAGAAGAACCUCAGAGAUCUUCAGUUCCUUCAUAAUACAACCAGAUCACAGACUGUCAUUACAGCGUCCAAAGAAUGUAAACUGUUUAGCUCUUAUUUCAAGGAUUAUUUGUGUUGUUUGUUUAGUAGUAAUUUUGAUGUUGUUGUCAUCCUGCUUUUUAUGUGUAUGAGACUGUACAUGUUUCAAUGUGUGUGGGUUAUCUGUACAUACGCCAGUCAGGAGCUUCUUCAUACGUUAUGUAUAAGUGAUGGAAGGAUUAAACGUUAGAACAUUGAUCAGAAAUUCUUUCCCAAUAUCCUUUGCCAAUCUUACUUCUAUCAGAGAAGAUUUGAACUUAUCCAUAAAAACAACUAGUUUUUUUAGUCCAUAAAAUAUUGUAAUUUUGACUAUAACCAUUCAAAUGAUGUUACACAGCAUUGAUUAUAUCAGCUCAAUAUAUAUAUAUAUAUAUUUAUUAGUGUAAUAUAUGAUAUAUCAUCAGAAUUAUGGUUCUUUCUGACAUUUUUGUCAAAAAUUAUUUAAUCGAGUAUUUUCAUUCCGUAACUUAUUUACAUUAUGUGAUGUUUUUCUUUACAUUGUGUACAUUUUGGGACUUUUAAUUUUAGCAAGUUAAAUGGAAUGCAUAACUCUGAAGCUCAAUAUCUCAAAGCUGCUCAGAAUGCAGAUUGAACCUUAUAAUUCCAAUAUAUAUAUAUUAUAAUACUAUAAAUAGUAGAUUUUAUCAGAAAAUACUCAGAAAUGGUCACAAAAAAUUCUGCGGCUGUUUAUGAUAUAUAUUAGUCACUGUUGGAGUGAAACUUUGUAUCUCCAUAACUGGCAUUUAAGGGAAAAAAUGCAUUUUCUUCAGAGGUGACAAGCUCUUUUAAUUGGUUAAAUGAUAAGUAAAUAUUAAAUAUUAUAUACAUCCACAAACAAACAUGAAAGCUGACUAAUAUAAAUGAUAUAUGAAAAUAAAAAUCAUGAAAAAUGGAGAUGCAAGGUUUCAGUCUGAAUGGUCAAAUAUACAGUUCUAGUAUUUCUUUAGCCAACUCUGCUUUCUCUCAAACCCCUUCAAACAUUAUUGUCUUAUCAAAGUGUAGUAAAUGUAUUUUUUUGGACACUAGGUGUAUUUUGAAAUUUCUUCUAUUUUUGUAUUUAAUGUAUAUAAAAGAUGACAUUAUUUAUGAAGUGUUGUUUAUAAGAAUUGUCUUUUCUUAAAUUUGGUAUGAACAAUACAGGCUUAGUAACAAUAUAGGAUACUUUUAGGGAGGACAAUUAUAAUCCAGCUGUGAAGGAAGUUUAUUUUUGCUGUUCAGUUUGACGAAUUAAGAAAUAGUGUAUUUAAUUUGAGUUUGCACACAGCAUGUGUGUAAAGAAAGAUAUCAUGUCCUGCUGAGGUAUUUAUGUCCCAAAUUUUUAUCUAGAUUGUCUGCCUUAAUGAACUUUAGAGAAAACAUAGUUACUGUUAUACAAUCUGUAAAAUAAAAAAAAUGGUGAAGAACAGAAAAUAGGGAAAGGCCUCCUUGUCAAUAGGCUGAUAGAAAUAUCCAACACAGUCUUUGUGUAAAUGUCUCUUGUGUAAAUGCCUCAACCAAAGAAAAUGAUAAAUAACGUUUGUUCAUCAGUUAACUGAAGGUCAUAGGAAGCCAUUAUACAUGCAUACUUUUAAUGAGAAGAUGGAAAGAUGCAUUGUUGCCUUAAAUCUUUUAUUAAUUCAUUAUCGUUGUCAAUUCAUUACGUACAAUCGAAUAUUCAGUGAAAAUUUGUGUCGAUCUUCCAUCAUAAUUUGGUUGUUGUUCUUUCACGAGUCUUCACAUUUUUUUAUGUGAUAGUGUCAAAUUUUUGUUUAUAUCAAAUGUAUUUCGACACUUUCAGAUGUGUAUCUCUGCAGGUGGUUCUGCUUUGUGCACAAGCUCAUGUGUUUGUGAUAAUUUUCCACCUGCAGAGAAGAAAGUUCUCUACAUUUAAAGUUUACUCCAUUUACUGUUCUACUUUCAGGUUUAAUGUUUUUCGAUUUUUAUCUUUUCAAUUGCAUGUUUGGACCCAGAAUGUGAGAUCUUGUAGAUGAAAUGCUGUACAUUUAAAUGAAGUUGAUAAGCGUAAAUAUGGCACAGUGAGAUCUGCCUUAAUGUGUCUGUUUCUCUGCUUUGUAGUAACUUAUGUGUCCAGCUCAGUCUAGUGUCUGUCAGACUUCAUGUUUUUGUCAAAACUUUUUUGUGUGAAUUUUUUAUUCAAGCCAUUUGUCUGGCACAAAACAACGUUUUCUGUUAGUUAAAUACUUAUAAACUAAAAAAUUAAGGCUUGGAUCAGGACAGGAAGCAACAUAUUAUUUUUAAUGCUGUGCUGCCAUUUGGUGGAUAUCUUGCGCCACUGCAAUCAAAUGUUGCCAGAUUUGUUUUAAACCUACAAUUUUUUCCUUCUCAAAGAAUCUUUUGCCAUAAUAUUCUUUUUAAUGAUUUCUUCUACCAAAUAUGUCUGUUAAUGUUGAAUUUGAGUUUUUAUUAUUUAAUUGAAAAUGUCAACUCAUACAGCAGGUGUGGUCAUGUGGUCAUGUGAUCAUGCUUGUCCGUAAUUGCACUUUUGUGACAAUAAAUCUUAA